GAUUUCACAUUCGAUAUUCUUUCUACCCUUUUGUCAGCUCCUAUCCUGGUUCAUUCCUGGAAAUGAAAACUAUGGAAACCUCUUUCGGCUUCUGUGUCAUUUUCUUGCUCACCACCAUGCUGAACUCAGGUUCAGCAACUCUCCAAGUCGGAUUCUACCGCUCCACUUGCCCGGCUGCGGAGUCUGUCGUUCGAAAAGCCGUGAACAAGGCGGUGGCCAGAAAUCCCGGCAUUGGUGCUGGGCUUAUUAGACUGCACUUCCAUGAUUGCUUUGUUCGGGGUUGCGAUGCAUCAAUUUUGCUCGAUUCAACACCGGGCAACCCAUCAGAGAAGGAGCAUCCCGCGAACAACCCAAGCUUACGAGGCUACGAAGUCAUCGACGAGGCGAAGGCCGAGCUAGAGUAUCUAUGCCCCUCGACGGUCUCCUGUGCCGAUAUUCUGGCAUUCGCAGCCCGCGACAGCACCUACAAGCUUGGCAGCAUUAACUACGCAGUCCCGGCUGGUCGCCGCGAUGGGCUAGUCUCCCUCAGAGACGAGCCGUCCCAGAAUCUUCCCCCUCCUUCCUUGGAUGCUCAACAGUUAGAAGCUAAUUUUGCAAGGAAAGGUCUCUCUCUAGACGAAAUGGUGACACUAUCCGGUGCGCAUUCGAUCGGAGUCUCGCACUGUUCCUCCUUCUCGAACCGCUUGUACUCCUUCAACGCCACUCACAAGCGAGACCCUUCAAUGGAACCCAAGUUGGCCAGUGAACUGAAAGCGAAGUGUCCGAACAAUGGUGGUACCAGCGACCCGACGGUCCCAUUGGACUUUGUCACUCCCAACAGGCUCGACAACAAGUACUACACUAAUUUAAAGAAACACCGAGGCGUAUUGACUUCAGAUCAAACGCUUUUUAAUAGCCCUUCGACGGCACAUAUUGUGAGGAGGAACGCUAAUCAUGGCAGAGCAUGGGCUAACAAAUUUGCAGCUGCAAUGGUGAAGAUGGGAUCAAUCGAUGUUCUCACCGGGAGCCAGGGCGAGAUUAGGAGGAAUUGCAGAGUUGUGAACUAUUAG